GGAACAGGAAUCGACGACACAGAUUCGCACCGUGUUUACCAAACGGCGGCUAGGCUAAACGGCCGUUGGACAAAUCACUCCUCACGCUACAGUUAUAUUGGUUUAAUAUUAAUUAAUCCGAGUCGGAGUACACAUAAUUACACAUGGCGGAUCCUGCGGUGGCGUCGGGAGGUUCACUGAACGCAGGAGGGCGUGGGAGUGGUGGUAAAGCCGCUACCAGCCCUGCAGAGAACUACCACCUGGCCCGACGUCGCACCCUGCAGGUUGUCGUCAGUGCCCUCCUGACAGAGUGUGGCUUUGAGAGCGCAGAGAAGGCAGCAGUGGAGACGCUCACGGAGAUGAUGCAAAGCUAUAUAACUGAAAUAGGUCGAUGUGCUAAAGCUUAUUGUGAACACACAGCCAGAAGCAUCCCGACCCUGUCGGAUACAGUGGUCACACUCAUUGAAAUGGGUUUCAAAGCCGACACCCUGCCCGUGUAUGCCAAGAGAUCACAGAGGAUGGUUAUAACUGCCCCUCCAGUGACGAACGCACCUGUGACUCCCAAAGCCCUGUCAGCCGGCCAGAAACGCACACAUCCAGCUCACAUCCCCGGCCACUUCCCGGAGUUUCCUGACCCUCACACCUACAUCAAAACACCCACGUUCAGAGAGCCCGUGUCCGACUACCAGGUGGUGAGAGAGAAGGCAGCGAGUCAGAGGAGAGACGUGGAGCGAGCGCUCACACGCUUCAUGGCCAAGACCGGAGAAACUCACAGCCUCUUCAAAGACGACAUCACUGCCUUCCCAUUGAUCGCAGCACAGCCAAGCACUAUUCCAUAUCUCAGCGCCCUCCUGCCCUCAGAGCUGGAAUUGCAGACUCUGGAGGAGACGGACUCCUCUGAGCAGGACGACCAGACAGACAGCGAGAACGCAGCAGGAAACAUCAUCAGCGAUGAUCCGGGAGCUGACAAAGAGAACUCCAUGCUUCCUCCUGGUGGAGUUGUUCCUUCCGCAAAGGCCAGCGAGGACAAUGUGAUCGACAACCCGUACCUUCGGCCAGUCAAGAAACCCAAAGUGAGAAGGAAGAAAUGAGUCCAAUGUGGACCAACGGACUCGCAUUUGCCACAGUGGUUGGUGCUUUGGGCAGUUCAGUUAGUGAUCCCCUCCCAGAAUGCAGCAGCCCGGUGUUGAAACCUGCUGCGUGAGCCGGGACCAGCACUGCCGUUUGCUUUUUGUAAGCUGACUUUUAUUGGAGAGAGAACUUUACUUUUGUUGUGUUAACUAUCAUCAUUUCUUCAGCAAGCACUCACUUUGUUUAAAAGAGAUUGUGUAAUGUCACUUUGUAAGCAACACCGUGGUGUAAUAUACAAACCAUACAGGAAAACAGUUUUUUUGAGAAUAAAGAAAAAUACAUUUC